UACACACACACACACACAAACCUACUCCAACACAUAUAAGCUAAAUUACACCAAAAAAACAGAAGAAAAAAAAAUGGUUUCUCCAUUAAUUACAACAUCUCCAAGCCCGCGGGUCGAAACCCUGGCCCGCAGCGGAAUCGACACCAUCCCGAAGGAAUACGUCCGGCCCGAAAACGAGCUCGAAAGCAUAGUCGACGUGUUCGCGGAUGAAAAGAUCUGCGGCGGCGGGCCCCACGUCCCGACCGUCAACCUCGCGGGCAUCGACUCGGAAGACGACGAGGCUCGGAGGAAAUGCCACGAGGAGCUGAAGAGGGCCGCGGCCGAGUGGGGCGUGAUGCACCUAGUCAACCACGGCGUGCCCGAGGAGCUCACGGACCGGGUCAAGAACGCGGGCCGGGAGUUCUUCGACCUGCCCGUGGAGGAGAAGGAGAGGUACGCCAAUGACCAGGCGAGCGGGAACGUGCAGGGCUACGGGAGCAAGCUGGCGAACAACGCGAGCGGGCGGCUGGAGUGGGAGGACUACUUUUUCCACUGUGUUUACCCUGAGGAGAAAAGGGAUAUGUCCAUUUGGCCUAAGAAUCCACUUGAUUAUAUCCCGGCCACGAGCGAGUACACGAAGCAGCUGCGAAACCUAACCACCAAAAUACUAGCCGUCCUCUCAUCCGGGCUCGGCCUGGACGAGGGGAGGCUUGAAAAAGAAGUCGGCGGGAAAGACGAGCUCAUCCUCCAGAUGAAAAUAAACUAUUACCCAAAAUGCCCCCAGCCAGAGCUCGCCCUCGGCGUCGAGGCCCACACAGACGUGAGCGCGCUCACCUUCAUCCUCCACAACAUGGUCCCUGGCCUGCAGCUCUUCUACGAGGGCAAAUGGGUCACAGCAAAAUGUGUGCCGAACUCGAUCAUCAUGCACGUCGGGGACACGAUCGAGAUCCUGAGCAACGGCAAGUACAAGAGCAUUUUGCAUCGGGGGCUCGUGAAUCGGGAGAAGGUGAGAAUUUCAUGGGCGGUGUUUUGCGAGCCGCCCAAGGAGAAAAUCGUGCUUAGGCCGCUGCCCGAGACUGUCUCGGAGGCCGAGCCGCCGCUUUUCCCGCCGCGAACUUUUGCGCAGCAUAUAAUGCAUAAGCUGUUUAGGAAAGAUGAUGAGGAUCAAUUAUGUGGUGUUGAUGAGAAAGCAAGUGAUGAUCUUCAGUCUAUUAGUUGAUUAAUGGUACUUGUGUUAAUUUGUGGCUAGUUGUUGCUCGAUUUCAUUUUCUUGGCUGUUGGCACUAUAAUAAGCUUGACGUUUUGCUUGAUUACUAUAGAAUGUGUUGUGUGUGUGGUCAUCCUGUGAUAGUGGCAAGAGCUAGCACAUAUCCUUAUGUAUGUUCUAUGUACUACAUGGCACAUAGUUUGAUCAAUAAAGGGAACACUAGCAACUUAUAUAUCCAUUCUAUAUUGGAGUUUAUUCAUUUGAGAUUUUAGACUACAAGCCACAAAAAGUAUGUUGAUUGUCUUGUACAUUGUCUUGUACACUUCGUAUACGUGAAACACUUAUUG